GUGUGUGUGUGUGUGUGCGUGUGUGUGUGUGUAUAUAUAUAUAUACACACACAUACAUAUAUACAUACAUAUAUACAUAUAUAUUACACAUACACACACACAAACAUAAAAUUGAAAUUCCAAUGGAAUUUAACUUACUGCUAUACCCACUACAAUUGUUUUGUUAAGUCAGAGACACUCUUUUAUAUUACUGUAUAUGUGUGUUUGUACCCAUUUCAUUCAUUGUAUGCCAGAAAUAUUUCAAACUUCUUAAAUUGAUAACAUAUGCUAGAAAGGAGAUUCUAGUUUUAAAGUAUGGCCAAUGUACAAUACUCAAUCUUGAUCCAAGAGAAAUUACUAUAAGGAUAUUAAUGCUACAUUAGGAGACACAUUUAAUUUCCUUUCGAAGUCCAUGAUACUUCCCUUAAAAUAAGAUUUUAAAAUAAAAAUGUGAAUGAGCUUACAGGACAUAGUGAGUUGCUUUAUGCCAUUAUCCUUAUCAAAAAUGUCAUAGAAAUUAUUUUGUGUACUUUCCUGUGUAUAAAUAAAAAAAUUGUUAAAACAUUUGGAUGUUCCGCUGCUACAAUAAGCAGUUUUACAAAAUUAUUUUUCAUUUAGUUUAGGAAUAUAUCAUCUUCGUAUAGGAAUGUAUUUGUUUGUUUAUGUGGGAUAUAAAAAGGGAUGAGGUUUUGAUAAGGGAUUCAUUUUUACAAAUUCAUAAAAAAUAGGGAAGAUUCUUAUUAAAUAUUAAAAGAAAUUGUGUGCAUUUUAUUAGUGGAAGGCUAAAAAUUAAGUUUUAAUGCAUGAAAUUCUAAACUUUGUUUAUAGAGAAAUGUACCAAUAAGCGGUGCUGUGGGAAACUAGAUGAAUUAAGUAUCUGAAACUACUAUAUGGUCAUAAGUCAUCAUGCAGUACUAAAUGUCACAGUGACUCAUUGAGGAACUUCUUUACAUACUAUGGUAGAAAUAUUUCCAAACAGUCUAUUGUUCUGUAAAUCAGAAAAUAAAAUUCUCCUAGAAUUUUAAAAAUAAUUUGCAAUGGAGAGUGCUUUGAAUUAAGAGAUUUUGUAAGCUGUAUUUUUCCAAAGUAAACAUUGCUAUAAUAAUUAAAAUAUACUAAUGCCCUAUAAUAAAUUAAAACUUUUCUACAAUUUGGAAGUGUAAUUCAUAAUCACCAGUCAGACAACCCCAUGGUUUUAUCAUUGCAUAACUCUAAUAUCAAUAUCUUGGAAAAGCCUGAUAUUAAUUUUUUUUACUAUGCACCUAUAAAAAUGUUUAAGUUGGUAUUUUCAAAGACAAGGCUAUAGGCUGUUACAAAGUUGUUCUACAGUGUGUAGAAGUUUUAGAAGCCAUACCUGGAAUUACUGAGAAAAGUAGUUAUUUGCUGAAGUAUUCUCAUUCAGCCUUAAAAGACAAUGGUCAACUAUUUCUGAAAAAAUUCCCAAGACUCAAUUUAAAGUACCCCCCACCCUCUAAAAAAGGGGGAAUGCACAUGAAUUCUGAUCAGUCAUAAACAACUGCUGGUGGCAAAGUGCCCAAAUCUCAAUCAUAUGACCAUGAAAAUUCUUAUGAUGGUCAUAAGUGCAAGGACUGAUUGUCAAGUUAUUUUUCCAUUGAAUUGUAACUUCAAACAGUUGCUAAACUAAGCAGCUAAAUUCUAAUUCCAUUUAAAUUUAUUAAUUUUAUUAAAUUUAUAUGUAGUUGUUACAUGUUAUAAAGCAUUGUUUUUUCUUUAGUUAUAAUAAAAAGACUAAAUAGGCCACAUAAAAACAGUCAUUUAAAAAUAUUUUCAGAAAUUCAAGUAAUGUGCAAAUAACGUUCAAGUUACUAAAGUUUAUUAAGUAUUAGGUAUCUGCAGAGAGGUUAACAAAUCUAGGUCUGUAGUAUACUUUCAAAAGUAUAGAAAAGCAUUUAAAAGCAUUAGAAAGCAUUUAACUGAAGCAUAUAGAAAUUCAAAAUAUAAAAUGAAAUUAAUCUUUUUGAAAGUUAUUUAAGCUAUGACAUAAUAAUGACAAACUAAUUUUAUAGUGAUGAAGAGAUAAUAUGUAAUUCUGGUGAGGCUUUUGUUGAAGCAACCUACCUGUCUUGAGUGUAUAAUACAAAGGACAGUCUUGUCAUACUAUAUGCAGGCACAGAUUUCUUCACUAUUCUUCACUAGUCAAUUCCCUGCAUUCAGUAGUUAGCUUAACAGCACAACUCUCAAGAACUCUAUGUAGUUUAAUUAAGCAUUAAAUAUAAACUACUAUUGAAAUUGGAGGAAACCAUAUUUAUUCAGAAUAUCAGUGGCUAGGGCAGGCAGCUGGCUCAGGAAUUCUGGGAGUUGAAGUCCAUGAGUCAUAAAAUAGCCAAGGUUGCCUACCCCUGUGCUAGGGAAAUCAAGAAUCCAACCAUGUGAAUAUAUGCCUGUGCAUGCUUGUCUCUGUGUGUGUGUGUAACACGUAUGAGCUUCAGUGUUUAAAUCCUAGAUUUGUUUCUCCUGCUUUUUCAUAGAAAUGGACUUUUUGCUACUCUGCUUCCAGACUGGGAAGUAAACGACACCUGCCUAUGUCUGAGCCUUCUAGUUUUCCAUCUUGCCAGCUUCAGUUCUCAGAGGUCUUAAGAAGGUUGUAAAUAUAAGGAUUGAUCAAAAGGAUACAUUUUCAUCACUCCAUAGCUCCAAAGAGACGCUAAACAAGAGGGCUCCGUGUUGACCAUGGCAUCGGACAGCAAUGUCACCAAAAUGAUUCCUGUCCUCAGAAUUAGUCAGCUGGAUGCACUUGAACUGAACAAAGCCUUGGAACAGCUAGUUUGGUCCCAGUUCACUUGCUGUUUUCAUGGAUUUAAACCUGGACUCUUGGCUCGCUUUGAACCAGAAAUUAAAGCAUCUUUGUGGAUUUUUUUGUGGAGAUUCACCAUCUGUUCCAAGAAUGCAACAGUGGGGCAGGCUCUACUGAAUAUUCAAUACACAAAUGAUUUAUCCCAGAUACAAAAAUAUCAGACAUUGAGCAAACAACAGAAAUUAUGGUAUCUUAUUUGUACUGUUGGUGGGAAAUGGCUGGAAGAAAGGUGUUAUGAUUUAUUUAGCAAACGUCCAUUGGACUCAUUCCAAAGGACAAAAUAUUUUAUUAACUUAAUAGUCAGGCUUCUCAGACUUUGUGAGUUGCUAAACUUUCUAAUUUUUCUUCAGAAGGGAAAAUUUGCUACACUUACUGAACGUAUUUUAGGAAUCAGAUCAGUGUUCUGUCAGCCACAGGGUGUCCGUCCCAUUGCAUUUGAAUUCAUGAACCGAGAACUCUUGUGGCAUGGAUUUGCUGAAUUUCUGGUGUUUCUUUUGCCACUUAUUAACAUGCAUAAACUCAAACUCAAGAUUUCUUCUUGGUCUUUACCUGUUAGGAAAAACUUCAAUAAUGAAAAUACGUCAGAAAUAAGUCAUAAGGAAUGUUCUGUGUGUGGGGAAUGGCCUACUAUGCCUCAUACUAUUGGCUGCUCACAUGUUUUUUGUUACUAUUGCAUUAAAAGUUGCUUCUUAUCAGAUAUAUACUUUACCUGUCCUAAAUGUGGUACUGAGAUGCAAGAUAUCCAACCAUUAAAAUAUAAGCUAGAAAUGAAAGAAAUAUAACUGACUUGAUAAUAUUUUCCUCAAACUCAUAACAGAAUAUAAUUUGUAAAACUGACGGAAAUAAUUUACAUAUACUGUAUAUUUUAGCUGGGUCCCUUCUGCCCCAUACAAUGUUGGUUUUGUGUUUCUAUAAUUCUUUACUAUAUAGACUGUUUUAUUUACUAUAAACAAGUGCUCUAAUACUGUCAUGUACUUGACACCUAAUAAACUGCUUUGUAAAAGAUAAA